GAGAGAUGGAUAGAUAUGGAAAGAUAUAUAAGCAAAUAAAUAAAUAAACAGAGUGGAAAUUGCUGAGCUGGCAAAUAUCUCCACUGUUCGAUCCAUUUUUUUCUCUGACUGGGUGGCAGAGGCAGCAGUAGCGGAUGCGGAAAGGAGCGAUGGUGGAAUCAGCGGGAGCCGCAGUGGGUCCACAUUGAUGAAAACUGGUCUAGUGCUUAGCUGUACAACUGAGCCAGCUCUGUGGGUACAAAUUCAAAGCAGGACAGGGAAAGUGAGUUGAGGAGGAAUUCAGGACGAGAACUACAUGUCUUUUCCAUUACACUAACCGCAGUCCCGCAUCUCCUGCAGUGCUUCGACUUGGACUUGCAGGAUGACCGUAGUGGCUGGAGAUAACAUGGAUGAAACAUCAGCUGUCCCGGGGCAUCCUCAGGACACCUAUUCCCCUGACCAUGAUGACCAUGAAUGCUGUGAAAGGGUGGUCAUCAACAUCGCUGGGCUGCGCUUUGAAACACAACUCAAAACACUCGCUCAGUUUCCAGAGACGCUGCUUGGGAACCCAAAGAAGAGAAUGCGUUAUUUUGAUCCUUUGAGAAACGAGUAUUUCUUUGACCGGAACCGUCCUAGUUUCGACGCAAUCCUAUACUACUAUCAGUCAGGGGGGCGGUUGAGGAGGCCAGUAAAUGUCCCAUUGGAUAUGUUCUCAGAAGAAAUUAAGUUCUAUGAACUUGGAGUUGAGGCAAUGGAGAAGUUCCGUGAGGAUGAGGGAUUCAUCCGAGAAGAAGAACGACCCCUGCCCGAACGUGAGUUCCAACGCCAGGUCUGGCUUCUGUUUGAGCACCCUGAGAGCUCAGGGCCAGCCAGAGGAAUUGCCAUAGUGUCUGUUAUGGUCAUUUUGAUUUCCAUUGUCAUUUUCUGUUUGGAGACUUUGCCAGAACUAAAGGAGGACCCUGCAGGGAGAAUACAGACAAUAGGGAACACCACCUUUUACUACAAACCAAACAUCCUUACAGACCCCUUCUUCAUUGUAGAGACCCUUUGCAUAAUUUGGUUCUCAUUUGAACUUAUAGUACGAUUCUUUGCAUGUCCCAGCAAGGCAGCCUUCUUUAAGAAUAUGAUGAACACCAUAGAUGUAGUAGCUAUCAUCCCUUACUUCAUUACACUGGGCACAGAGCUGGCAGAAGAAGCAGAUGGUAAAGAGGGUAAGGGGGAACAGGCAACAUCACUGGCCAUUCUCAGGGUGAUUCGUCUGGUCAGGGUGUUUAGGAUCUUCAAGCUGUCCAGACAUUCCAAAGGCCUGCAGAUUUUAGGGCAGACCCUAAAAGCUAGUAUGCGUGAGCUUGGAUUGCUUAUCUUCUUCCUCUUCAUUGGUGUCAUCUUGUUUUCGAGUGCCGUGUACUUUGCAGAAGCUGAAGAGAGAGAAUCACACUUUAGCAGUAUCCCUGAUGCGUUCUGGUGGGCUGUUGUAUCAAUGACCACAGUUGGCUAUGGAGACAUGGUCCCUGUCACUAUAGGGGGCAAAAUUGUAGGCUCUCUCUGUGCAAUCGCUGGUGUGCUUACCAUUGCCCUACCAGUGCCUGUCAUCGUAUCCAACUUCAACUACUUCUACCACAGGGAAACCGAGGGUGAGGAGCAAGCCCAACUUCUGAACGUGAGUAACCCCAACAUCGCUUCUGACUCCGAUUCCAGUCGCCACAGUUCCUCAGUUGUCAGCAAGUCUGAAUACAUGGAAAUCGAUGGAGAUAUGAACAACAGCAUGGACAACUUGAGAGAUGCCAACCUUAGAACUAGCAACUGUACAAUGCCUAACCAAAACUGUGUUAACAAAAGUAAGCUGCUAACUGAUGUUUAGAGUCCAGAUACAUACAAUAGUACUGUCACCAUUCAGUAGUCGAAUAGUUUAUUUAACUCCCUAGUGCACUCCUGCAUAACAAC